GCUUUGAUGACGUCAUACCCGGCACCAGUUUCUACGGCAGUUCCAACACAUACCUCAUCCAGUCCAUGGGAACGUUUGAUAUUUCAUCCACGUCUGAGAUCAUGUUCCAGUUCAGAACUUUCCAGAAGACUGGGGCAAUCAUGAAUGUACUACACCGUGAACUGGGCUAUGUGUAUGGCGUCUACCUCAAUUCCAGUAGAGUGGGGUUCUAUUUCAAGAACGGUUCUGCGUUGCAUACCCUUGUAAGCAACAAGACCACCUAUGGUAAUGGCCGCUGGUACGAGGUCCAUGUGACUCGUGGGCUCAUCAACUCAACCCUUGUCAUUAAGGACGUUGCUUCUCAGGAGAUGGAUGUGUCUAGUUUGACCCUAAGGUCAUCUCUUGUCCUUCCAAAUGGACAAAACUUGAUAUUUGGUGGCAAAGACCCUCAAAGGCCAUUCGAAGCUCCGAUUGAGACCCCAUUUGCCGGUCACAUCCGCAACGUGAGCCUUAGCAGCACCGAUGGGUCCUUAGUGUCCAGAUCCAUCAGUGACAAAAACCUUACAGAAACAUCCGAUCAAGUCAAYUCUUGUGGAAUUCUGCGCUAUGUUCAACCACCAAUUCGAUUCAUCGGUAACGGCUACGCUGGCGUACACACGGGUUUCAGGAACAUGUCCAACUUGUCAAUUAAGUUCAAGACGUUGAACCCGAGUGGCGUGUUGGUCUAUAGUGGAGAUGCUGCUACAAAUCACUACUUCUAUCUGGCUCUUUUUCAUGGCAAUUUGUUUCUGAUCAACACCAAAGAMCUAGACAGUGAAAAAACAGUAACUACCUCCGGGCAGACAUUGAACGAUGGUGCUUUUCACACCGUGGAUAUUACAUUCUUUGCAGCUGGCCUUCAACUGGUGUUGGACGGUGCAAAUGCAAGAUUGUCCGUUGAUGUCCCCAAAGUGGCUCCUGGUCCUGUUCAGCUCAAUGAAACACUAUUUAUUGGGGGCGUGAAAUCUUCAUCGAACAUUCCUCUUUUAAAUGUUCCAGUGAUAGCAUCAUUCGUAGGAGCCAUGGAAUAUGUGGACGUUAAUGAAAGAAGACAAAAUAUAUUUUCUGGUGAAUCGAAGGAAGUGUCUCUCGCUGGGAGCAGCCCUGAAAGAACUGCUCUUCCUACACCAAAACCAACUAUUCCCCCACCCACCCUACCCCCACCUACAUGUGGCGACCGUCUGCCUAAGCGAGCCCUAUCACGUGAACCAGACCAAGUGAAGUUUGGAGUUGAGCCAAUGUAUGUUGGAUUUUGGUUGGAACGAAACGUAUUGGAUUACAUKGAACACCAGCAUGUGAUCACUCUCAACUUCCGCUCUCUAUCACCCAAUGGGGUGUUACUCUAUGCUACCGAUAACCUCGUCACACCAACACARUUCCUGUCUAUAGAGCUUGUUAAUGGCCGACUUGUCUUCAAGUUUAAUACUGGUGCUGGGCUGGUACGAGUASAGAGCUAUCAUAAUAAAUAUUCCAUCGGAGGUGUUUGGUACAAGGCUCAUUUCCUAAGGAUCGAUCAGUUUGGUGGUCUACUCGUACCCCUAACACGYGACUACAACAACAAACGCGUUGGUGAUGCCACUAAAUCUCUUCUUCUCAACUYUCCAUUGUUCCUGGGAGGGAUCCCCAAAGGAACCAACACCUCAAUGCUCGAGGCUGUAGACAAGAAUGGAGAAGCUAUCAGUUUUAUGGGAUGUAUGGGUUCGUUAGAAAUCAGCUCUGCUAAUGARACACAAACCAAGAAACUUAACCCAAGGACGGACUAUGCUGCGAAUAACACCAAGAUAAGCAACRCAUMCUGUUACAARUAUGUCCAGCCACAGGCCUCAUUUKAUGGUYCUUCGUACAUCUUACUUUACGAGAACUAUACCCUGCCGUACUCGAUAAACGUUAAUAUAAGCUUCCGUACUUACAUGCGUUCAGGAUUGCUGUGGGUGUGGACUAAUAACACGGGGCGUGGAGCUGUUACACUGGAGCAACUACAAGGACAGAUCGUACUGAAAUUCACAUCAGAGUCGAACCAAACCACCAUGGUGUGGACAGACCCAUCUAUUCCUUCUGAGGACAUGUACAAUGCCUCUUACGAUCUGUGCGAUAACAAGUUCCACAGUGUUCAUGUAGAGAGGAUAGGAUCCACGGUGAAGAUCUCUGUUGACCAACACCCAACGAAGACGUUUACUGUCUAUGAAGAUUUCUCGCUGACUGGAAAGUUUUACGUCGGUGGAGUACCAA